AUGGACGUCGCCCCUCCUCCUCCUCCUCCUCCUAGCACGAGAACUCGUGAUCGCCAUUUGAAGGUUAAUGGAAAGGAUCGACGAUUUCGACUUCCUACGUCAUGUGCUCAACGUGUUUUUUCGCUAACGGAAAAACUUGGUCAUAAGACGGUUGGCUGCACGAUUGAAUGGCUCUUAAUGCAGGCUGAGUCCUCCAUUAAUGCUAUUCUUGCCAAAAAAAUAUCGGCAUUGCCAUCACCGCAACGUCUUCCUCCUGUUGUUGAGAGUUCAAUUCCUACGUCGACUCAUCGGAACAGAAGCGUGCAGCUUCCUCCUUUUGUUUUUUGCCAUGGAUUGGAAUUAGGCGAUAUGGAGUUCUCUAGAGAAGAAGUUGAACGGUUCGCUUCAACUACUACUUCAUCAGAGUCGGUUGGAUCUUCAUUGGCCUCGCAACAUAUGAAUGCAUCAAAUGAGAAAAUAUGUUGA